GAGAGAAGGAAAGAGAAGUAAUAGACACAAAAAUCUCACAGAUUUAGAGAGCUCAGAAAAUUCUCUCUGUCAUUUCUAACAAUAUCCAAUGUUUGACACUUCAUCUGCUUAUGAGAUAAUCAGCUUGAGCCAGGAAACUCAACUACAGAGGAUCCACACCAAAGAGGAUCUAAAACUACAAUCCUGGAUUUGGAACUGGAAGACCAUCAGAUCAUGGAGAAUGGCAAAAUAGGAGGUACAGGUGAUGACAUAGAUGCUGUAGAAAUUCUUCAGUUUCAGACAAUGUGGGUGGAGAUAAACUCAAGAGUUGAACAUGUGGCUGAAGAUGUUGCCGCCCUACGACAAAGCUACAGCCGACUGGAGGAGAAAUUCUCCACCUAUCAGCAAGAAACAAGCAACAAGAUCCUGUCUCUCAGAAACACACUUAACACCUAUCAGGAAGAAAUAAGUAGUGCUCUUGAGCAGCUCUCUGAAGUUAGGAGCAACCAAAAAGAUUUACAAAUAGACCUGGACCUCUUGCAGAGCAUACAACACAGGAAUGGGUCGAAGGGGGAGGGCACAGUGGAUGGCCACACCUAUCUGUCAAGCCAAACAGAACUCAGUCUCAUUCAACAUUACAUAAGCAGCCUGUUGGUGAAUCCGAAUUCUCCUCCUGAGCAUGAUAGUGGUUGUCAAAAAAAGUCUCCACUGUGGAGAGAGAAAAAAAACAGCCAAGAUCUGAAACAGCUGAACAACUCAACUCAAAGGCAGACAGCCGCACAGGAGCUGUUGGAAUCGGAGAGCGUAUAUGUGUCUUGUAUGUCACUCCUGUUAAAGGCCAACAUCACUUUUAAUGGAUCAGAAAAUGCAAUCUUCCAGGACAAACGGCCUUUCCCUCCCUCUCUACGUUUCUUGAUUCAGCAGCACCUGGAGCUCCUGCACCUCCUCCAAGAGAGAGUUCUGAAGAGCCAAUGGCAAGGCAUAAUGGGAGAUGUGUUUCUAAGGCUCACCACCAAAGAAAGUGAUUUUCUGGAACACUAUGUAUCAUAUUUAAGGGAGCUGCCAGAAUGUUUGUCUGUUGUCAGUCUGUUUUCCUCUACAAAAUCAGGCAGCUUACUGGAGAGUGACAUCACAGGAGAUGAAACACGCCUGUCUUUACACUCUCUGCUUCUGCAGCCUGUCCGGCGUAUCCCAGAAUACCAUACGCUCCUGCAGAAUCUGUUGCAUCAGACAGAAUCAGACCAUCCAGAUUAUUUCCUGUUACUGGUGUGUGUGCAACAACUUCGAUCUUUCAUGACCCAGUACAGCCAUCUGCUACAGCACAACCAGGAACUCCUUACACACACUCAUGCCCUGCGAGAACACACACACAACCUGUGCACACACCAAGAGCGGCCCUCGCACACCCGAAAAGAGAUGAGCAGGUCUACAGUGAGGCAGCUGUAUAAAGUGGACAAUGAGAAAAAUUAUAGUAUCACUAAUGCACAAAAUGAUCCGCAAGGUUUGCAUCGUAGCAAAUGCUACCCUGACUAUGAGGCAGUGCCCUAUCACUAUGAUUCAGAAAUUGCAUCCCCUGACUCCUUUCAAUCUGACUCUGAUUCUCACCACAAAGCACUACCCAUUCCUCUACGCAGCAUUCCAGAGACAGAAGGAGCUGGAUCAACCCUUGUGGAUGCUCUUGGUUUGCUCUUUCCAUUUGGAGGCGGGGACUCACGCUGCUCAAGUCCGUCCCAUUCCUCUGACUCCAGCAUUGAUAUCGCCUUUGUGCGCUGUAGUCCUUCCCAAACUCCACUUCACCAAUCCCACAAUAGGGGGCGGAGUAGUGGAGGUGUGGUUUAUAGGUCCAACCGAGGUUGUGUCUCACCGGAUUCAGUAGACAUUGUGGGGCCACGCUCUCUGCAGGCGGUGCAGAGAAAGAGCAAAUCACUGAAUGGCCUGCAGAUGGACAGUACUGAUAGCCAUGCCCACCAGACGAAAAUCCCUGGCCACCCAAGGCUGGAGCGGCAGUCGAGUGCCAAAUCAAGACUACGGUCCAGCAGUCCAAAACAUAGAUAUGAGACACACACUGACACAGAGGAGCAGCCACGACCAAUACAUCACAAGGAUCCCAGAAGCCUAGUGUGGGAGGAGCUAAAACUCAAGGGUGUGUCUGAUGACUAUGAUGACCACACACCCCUGAGUGAACGUGGUAGGAAAGAGGGAAAAGGAUUUAGGAGCUCCUUCAAAAAGCUUUUUAAGAAGAAGUCAGAUGGGGGUGGAAAAGAGAAGACGACAUUGAAAGCAGAGAGUCAAAGCAGUGGAGACCUGGAAUCAAACAGAGCCACUCACGCAGGAGACAUUGACAAAGGAACUGCUGUUUAA